UUAGUUUAAGGAAAACUGAUCGGCCGAUCCAAAUUAACCGUUCGUCCUGUUCGGUAGUUAGCUAGAUAACUAGCUGGCUAGCCAGCUUUUGAUCCAUCCUGUAGUGCUGCAUUGUAUGCGGACGGGCCGUUCACAUGCCGGGGCAGUUAGCCUGCUCCUGAUAUGUGUCGUAACCCAACAUUAAUGGGCCACGCGUUUUUCGACAACAGUUCUUCCCCCUCACACUCGCACUGCGUUUCUAGUAAUGUAAUAAUGUAUUGGGCGGCGACUGUUGUAAAAUGUUACGGUUCACGACGUUUCUUCGUUUCGUUUCAGUCUUUUAUCCGGUGGCUAACUUUAGCCAAACCUGCCACUGAUUUUAGCGUGAACUGACUAGUGUUAGCUUUUCCUUGGUUUACACAAAAGGAUUUUUCUAUUUUGUACAUACAUUGUUUUGUAUAUACUGUAUAUGAUGACAUCAGUGGUCAGCAAUCAAGUCCGGGGGACUCGGGACAAAACGCUGCCCACCACCACACAAACACCACAACCACAGAAACAGAUACAGGCCACAGCAGAACAGAUUCGUUUAGCCCAAAUGAUCUACGACAAAAAUGAUGCUGACUUUGAAGACAAGGUCAAACAGCUGAUUGAGGUAACUGGGAAGACUCAGGAUGAGUGCAUGGUAGCACUGCAUGACUGCAAUGAAGAUGUAAACAGAGCCAUCAAUUUCCUGCUGGAGAGCACCUCUGACACAAACUCCUGGGAGACUGUGGGGAAGAAGCGAAACCUUGGGAAAGAAGGAGGACCUGCAGAGAUAAAGGAGAGCAGGGAGAAGAAGGGAGGAGAGAGGGAGGCCAGUCGCGGACGCGGUGGGUCCACCAGGAGGGGCAGAGGCAUCAGCCGGGGGCGUGAAGGUCGGUUAGAAGAGAAUGGGUUUGAGGUGGCUCCUGGAGAGAGAGGGGGAGACCGUGGACGCAGGGGGCGAGGCAGAGGUGCAGGAGGUCGUGGUAGAGGAAGAGCAGCUGCUGGCAACAGGUUCUCCUCCCAGGGAAUGGGUACCUUCAAUCCUGCUGACUACAUGGCUAACUCCGGCACCCGGCAGGAGGCAUGGGAAGGGGACGGCAACGAACCUGCUGAGGGAACUGGAACAUGGGGAGGCCAUCUGGAAGACUGGACUUCAGAAGACUGGAAUGAGGAUUUGUCUGAGACCAAAGUAUUCACUGCCUCUUCUGCUCCGGCAAACCACAUCACACGUGGACAUAAUGCGGACUUGGCUGGCCUACUGCCUAAGGCUGUAGGGGCUUCCGUGGACGCUGACUUGGGGACGAUAGUCGACGGCCCCUCGGCUGAGGAUUUGGGCCAAAGCCUGGUUUUUACCAAUUCCCACCACAAUGGACGCACUGCGACACACAGCUACGCACACGCCACAGCCAACAGCUAUGCCCAUGCUGCCUCUGGUGGUACCACCUACGCUCAUGCUGCACUGUCUUCAGUUCUGGGCUCUGGUGUUGGGUCCCUGAAUGCACCCAAGUCAACACUUGCCCCUGACCUAAGGACAUCAGAGCAGCUCAACGGUCCUCGGCUUGGUCAGAGAGCCAAUCAGACGUUGGCCACCACCAGCAACAGUAGCCUUUCCAAAGAUGUGGGGACACCACCAAUACAGAACCCUGCUCCCCCCUCCUCUCCCUCUGUAGAAGCCAAGGCUCAAAGAGUUGACAAUGGCCCUGUUACUGCCCAGCACAUGGACAUGAAGCUUCAGCCAGAGCCAUCAGCUGUGCUCAGUCAGCUGACUCAGAGACAGCAGCAGUCCUCCAUCCUUCCCUCUACAGAGCCUCUGGGCCUGUCUCAGUUGCAUGCUCCGCAGGUCCCCACACCGCCAGGUCAUGAGUCCUCCAUCCCUCCUGUAAGAGAUGGAGCUUCUCCGGGAGUGAAGUUGCCAGGCAUGGAGCCUCCCAUCACAGAAGCCCCUCAGCGGCAGCUCAAGACACAGAAACGCAGAGUACCUCCUCCUUCAAAGAUCCCAUCCUCAGCAGUAGAAAUGCCCGGCUCAGCAGAUAUAUCUGGUCUGAAUGUUCAGUUUGGAGCUCUGGACUUUGGGUCAGAGGCUGGCAGUGGAGCGGUCGACAUGGCGCAGACGGAGUCGGCCAGGGAGCAAGCCCCGGCUCAGGCCCCAGCUUCAGCGCCCAUGCCUGUCCCUGCUGCUGUUCCCGCACAGCAGCAACAGAGCAGCCUGUUCUCUAAGCCAGGAUCUAUGAGUGAACACAUGAGCAGCUUACCCACCCUACCCUCAGCUGUAUCCGAUCCCAGCUUCCCCUCACCAUCCUUGGGCUUACCCAGUGCCACGCCCUCCCCCUCUCUGGGUCUUCCCAGUGCAGCCACUCCACCCUCUUCUACAACCUCCACAGCAGCCAGUCGUGUGGAGAGUAGUGGCCCGAGGUCCCUGCCACCUCAUCUGGGAUUCUCUCAAAGCAAAGAUGUCACCUCAGCUACUGCUCUCUCGAAUGGCUACAGUGGGAUGAAAAUGCAGAGCACACAGGACAGUACACCAUCAACGACUAGAACAGUGAAAACGGAAUCUCCUGUUAUGACGAGUGACAGCGGCCCCGGCCACCACAUCCCGCCCCCUGCAGUUACACCUUCCCACUCAACUACCAUCCCUUCGCUCAGCAGUCACGUGACCAGUACUCACUCUUCUGGAUCAGCCCUCGCCACAAGCUCCUCCAUUAAUAUAAGUAAUGAGGAGAGCAGCAGUAGCGGCAACCUUCAUGCGUUUUCAUCAUCGUCGUUGUCGUCGUCCAGCCAAGCCGUCAAUCCCAGUCCCGCAGCUUCCUCGGCUGUCAGCAGCUCAACCACCAAUGGCCUGCACCCAUCUGGAGCACCAGGACUAACUCCUAAUGGCACAAACACCACGCUGUCAGCUGCAGGCAGCCGCACGGCACCGCUGCUCACCACCACCUCCGGUAAAGCUCCUCCCAACUUGGCCCAAGGAGUGCCGCCUCUCCUUGCCAACCAGUACAUAAUGGGCCCUGGCGGCUUGCUUCCUGCUUACCCGCAGAUCUAUGGGUACGAGGACUUGCAAAUGCUGCAGUCUCGACUUCCUAUGGACUAUUAUGGCGUAACAUUCCCUGGUAGCACAGCAACAAUGCCUGGAAGAGAUGGUCUGGCCAAUAAUCCAUAUACUGGUGAGGCAACAAAAUUUGGCAGGAAUGACUCCUCAUCUCCAGCUCCUCCAACCAGCCUGUCAACAGCCGGGGUGCAGUCGCAGCCCCAGCAGGCCCCACAGGCAGGAACACAGGGGCAGGGCCAGGGACAGAGCCAGGGUCAGCAAACACAGAACCAGGCCUUCCUGAACCCCCCUUUGCCCCCUGGCUAUGGAUACACUGGCCUGCCAUACUACGCUGGUGUCCCGGGGGUUCCCUCAGCCUUCCAGUACGGUCCCACCGUCUUUGUGCCUCCUGCUUCGGCCAAGCAACCUGCAAUGGGCCUGGCCAACCCUUCCAAUCAGUACCACCAACAGCAUCAGCCCAGUUAUGGACAACAUGCAUAUGGCACAGCCUUUGAUGACCUGUCUCAAGCCCACGGGGAGUACAGUAAGGGAGGGUACGGAGGCUCUGCCCAGUCACAGGCCAAGUCAGCAGGCAGCGGCCCAGGGAAAGAUGAUUCUACAGUCAAGAGUGUUCUGGAGAAAGCGCCAGGACUAUCAGGGUCAGGCACCAGUGGAGGAGUACCUGACAUGGGAGGUUCAAUCUAUAGUAAAACUCAGUCAUUUGACAAGCAGGGCUUCCACACAGGGACACCGCCUCCCUUCAGCCUGCCUUCAGCACUGGGGGGAACGGGGCCCCUGAACCCCGGGGGUGCUCCUGGAUACGCCCAUGCUCCCUUCCUGCAUAUCCUGCCACCACACCAACAGCCCCACUCCCAGCUGCUACACCAUCACCUCACACAGGACGGACAGGGUGGCCCUGGUCAGCGCAGUCAAUCCAACAGCAUGCAGCAGAAGACACAAGGCAGCAAGUCCAGCUAUGGCAGCUCCCCCUAUUGGGCAAACUGAGAAAUGCUUCCCACUCCCCCCUCUCCCAAAAGGCUGUGUGUGCGCGUGUGCACGUGUGUAAAGCUAAAACAGACAACAAAAAUAAGCAAACAAACAGAAAGACACACUACCCUCACAAUGAGCAACCAUGGACUUCUUCGCCCCACUCCCCCCACCUCCACAAGUCCUCAUAAGUCUUUUGGGUUCUCUCUUUCCCCCCUUUUCGAAAUUGGUUGUACAUGUAAGAUAUUUAUGUAUGUAUUUAUAUAAAUAUAUAUAUACUGUAUAUGUAAUAGUAGAACAUGAAAUGUGGUUGCUGCAUUUUAUUUUUGAAGGACUUUGUUUACUUUUUUCAAAACUGCAGAAAAAGAUGUUACAUUAAGACAGAAUGAGAUGAUGACUAUGGUGGUGAGAGAACGAGUGAAAAAGAGAAAUGAUCUAAAACUUCCUGUAAGAAACAAGAAAAAGGAAAAGGAGAGAGCUAUAGCACUGAUUGCAUAUGAGGACAUUUUCAGAUGGGGGUGGGGUUUAUAAUAACUAACUGCAUCUGCUGUCUUGUUUUUUUUUUUUUUUUUUUUUUUUUAUAUACAUAACUUUCUGAAUGACCAGACUCAUCCCCCUCAAACUUAAUUUUGUAGCUUCCUGUCUUUACCCUCCUGCCUCCAUAUCUCCCUUCUACUCGAGGGCUGCCUAUCCUUGUCAACACCUUCCCUUUAAAGACAGACCUGCCCAUCUAAAUUUUAUAUUUUAAUUUAAUUUUAACCCUGAUUUCCCUCAAAAUAAAAGUUCUGAGCAGUUGGAA